AUGCAGCCUUUAUAUUCUGUUGACCAUGAGACUCGGCAUAAUACCAAUCACACUGAGGAAGAGUCUCCUGCUCCGGUAACUCCAGAAGAAAACACUCCAUUGCUCCAUCGGUUCCCAAACAAUGGGUCUGAACGGAAUCCAGUGACAACUGUCAUUGUCAGCUUGCUCCUUGUGAUCCUAAUUGCUGGUGUCAUCAUUGGCAUAUAUCUCCUCAUUUUACAGAAUGAUUCUGAAAAUAUUUUACCACCAGUGGAGCGUCCGUUGCAGUUAGUCAGCAGAUCCCAAUGGGAUACUAGUGAUGGAGACCAGAGCGCAUUGAGAUCAUUCCCCUAUAGACUGAGAGCAGUUACGGUUGUUCAAACGGGAACUGAACGAUGCAAUAGUACGGAGUCAUGUACAAAACUACUACUGGAAAUGCAGAACAACGUCACGGCAGUGAACGCCACGUUGCCGUAUAAUUUCUUGAUAUCGUCUAAUGGUCAAACCUAUGAGGCUCUCGGCUGGCUCAAGUGUAUCCCUCAGGCGACGAAAAACACAAUGCCUACUGGACUGCUUUUAGCUUUCAUAGGCAAUUUCACCGAAACUCCACCGACUCAGUCACAGCUUCAAGAAGCAAAGAACUUCUUCGAUACAUCGGUGAGCGAACAGUACCUGCAUCCAUCUUACCGUAUAUUUGGUAAAAACAAAAACGACACGCCGACACACUUGAUCGACAGCCUUAAAGCAUUUCCGCAGUGGAGCAACGAAUUUUCAGAUAAAAAUUGAACCUUACGCCUAUUAAAAUAGGCGUCAGUUAUUUCCAACGACGAGGUUGUCCUUCAUAGAUUUGGGCUUGUUAAUUUUCCUUAUUGGAGAAUUGUGCCAAUGACGUUUUUCUUUCGAAUUUCAAUUCUAUAUUACUUUCAAAUGAUGAAUGAACAGUACAUUUGAACAGUUUUUCUUAACAUAGUAGUACAAUUUUCUUGUAGAAAUCGGUAGAUUUGGAUCACAGUUAUGAUAGAAAUUUUAUUGGUAGUACGUAGUAAUUUAUAAAAAGUGACUUUAUUGACUUUGCUAGUGAGAGUAGGUGUAAGAAUUAUAUAUUUGAAUCGAUAGCAAUGCCCGGAACACUAAAAGUAUAUUGCCGAUUGAUGUUCUGAUUGUUUCAAUUCGGCUCCAUCCUGUUAUUAUUCCUAAUCGCCUUCUCGAUAAUAACAUUCGAAUUUGAUUUACUAAAUGCACUGAUUAUCGCUCAGUUAUACGCAUUGCAUCGAUUGUAACAGGCCGAUUAAAGGAAAACAACAUUUUUAUUAAGAACUAAUAAUUUUUAGUGCAAUCAUAUAAAAAA